CAAUGUUUGCCAUGUUUGUCAAAUCAAUAUUCUGUGCAGGUCUGCUGCAGCAUGGUGUGAAAUUAAUACCUAUAACCAGACUGUGCUAUUGUGUGGACAUGUCUUUUAGGUCAAGAGGGAAAUAAGAUUCUUAUUAUGAGAGAACCACUGUGCUGGGGAAAGGCAAAGAGUAAACAAUGUACUGCAGAGUAGGAGAUUCAGGACCAAAGGGAAAGCAGUUUCUCUUUAAUGCCGAUAUAACCAGCAUAGCACAUUUGACAGAAUAAUAAAGUAAAAGAAGCAAAGAAAAGUUAAACCACCAGAUUGAAAGAAAUAUAUUUAAAAAAUGAUUCAAAAGAAUUAACUGCUGAGCCAUGUCGAAAACCAGGAGAUAAAUAUGAAUGGCAAAUGUUGACUUGACAGUUGCCUGACAGACUCUUAUUUCUCUCACUAACACAGGGAGCUACAACUGAGGUGACGGAGGUGGAUGGAAAGGAACUGAGCGAAGGCAGCAGCCCCUGCUCUUACGACCAAGCAGCCGAGUCCCCUUCCAAGGCCGUAACCAUGGAGACCAUUGAACAGCUAGACACAGGAACUUUAACUGGCUACAACGAACAGGAACCUCAGGAGACGGAGCUCCCGGAGAACGAGAGGACAGGCAACAUGGAUGACGACGAUGACUGCUAUGAAGAGUUCUUGGAAUCCAUGGGACACAAAGUGGUUGUAGACAUUUUGGCGGACCUGCCCCCUGGAAUGACCACCCCUCCAGAGUUGGAUGACAUUCCUUGCCCCAAGGAGGCGCUGAUCUUGGAGGCCACCCCAGAGGAGCUUCUUCACAACGAGUCCCUCCUCACCUCAACAGUGUCUGACUUCCCCUCCAGUGCAGAGAGUGUGUGCGAGAAUGAGUUCCGAGCCUUGAGAGCGGAAGAACCCGUAGUGGAAGACGCGUCAGAGGAGACCUUGCCAGACGUUCUGAACAUGGAGGAACCAGAGGACGUCCCCGAAGAUCUCAUGGAAGCCUUAAACUCCAUGCCAACUCACGAUGGACUUGACGAGCCACCUGUUGACGAAGUGGAGGAGUCGAUGCUAGAACAGUUCAUCAGAGAGGAGGCUCUGUCAGAGGUGUCCACAGAGUCGUGUCAUGACCCCGAGGAACUGGACGAGUGCCUGCGUGUGGAGAUAGCUGUUGCGUCCUCUGACAGUGAGACCUCUGACAAUGAGAAAUGGAGGAGCAUAUUUUCAUCCUCCAUCAACAAAGAGGAUGAUGACUCCUACCUGGACAGUCUGCAGCUGAGCGCACAGGAACUCUUCAUUCAGAAAUCUUCACUUGAUGAGGAGGAGGAACAAAGCCCAAAAGGUUACGACAACCAGGAGAAUGAACAGGAGAACAAACAGGAGAAUGAAACAACUGCGGUCCCACUCGAGGCAGAGAUUCUGGAGCAGCCAGAAAUGGACAGUGAGUUUGAGAAGAGAGAGGUGACCUACACAACCCCAACAUUGUUCCACGGCUUGUCAAAGAUCUCUGAAGAUGACGAGGAAAACGGAAAGAUGUUGAACAACAAUGGCAAAAAUCCAGACGGUUCCAAGAAGGUGCCUAAAGACUACUGUGUGAUCCAGGAGAUGAAGAGCGAGAAUGUCAGCACAGAGCACGUCGACUUCCGGGUCGCACGCAAACAAUGGCUCGAAAUGGAGGAACAGACCAAAAUGGCAGGGAACAACACAGUUCAGUCACCCACCACGCCCAAAGCACCAGGCCACUGCCAAGGUGGCCACAGCUUCAUGUACACACCGGUCCGUAACAUCGACAGGUGCAGGAGGGAUCCUGAUUUUGAGAACCUUGCACUUGGGGGAGACUACGCUCACACCCAGUUCAGCCCAUGCUCCGAGGACUCUGGCCUGGAUGACCUGAGCUAUAGAUCUCCUUAUGAUGACCCGGAGACCCCAGUGGAAAGGGAAAUCCGCUUGACCAUGGAACGAGAGGAGAGCUUUAGGCGGGAGAGAGCCUUGUCUUCGUCCAGCUCAUGUGAAUUUACCAAGAUUCACCCCACCAAGCUAUGCCAAGAGGUGGACGAAAAGAGAAGGAUGUUUGACCAUCAAGACGACGGCUGCAGCAUCCCCAGGUCAAUGACGACGCCAUCUUUUAUAAUUACAUCAUCGCCGGUCAAGGGUACACAGAAGCGUGAGAUUGCCGCAAACAACGUUAUCAUCCUUGAGCCUGAUUCCUCAAGAGCUCUUGGGAGUGACCUGAGUGCCGCCAAUUCUGGCAACUGGAAUGCCAAACAGUCGUCAUCCUCGUCCAACGUGAUCAUCCUGGAAACAUCCAACCUGAUCAUCCGUAGCGCGUCGGAAUUCUGCCUUAACUCGGCCGGCGAGGAGAAACAGGAGAGCACAUUCCUCAACAACCCUUUCUUCAAGUUGCGCUCCAGAAGCACACAGUCCCUCAUCGAUGACGAGAUCAAAAUGGUGAAGCAGCGCGAGGAGGAACUGAGGAGACAGCGGGCGGGCAUGUACACAAAGGAGAAAUUCAACACCAUUGUGGUUGCUGCCCCCAAUCUGCUAAAUAGUGCAUCAUUUGAAUCAGAUAUGCCAAUAAAAUGCAAGUCCUCCCCAUCUUCCCCCAUGAAGACAGCAUAUAAGAUGGAUCGCUCCAUAGUAUCCUGUGACACCAGGUUCCCAGAUACUUAUGCUGGUGGUCGCCGUAAAAGUGCCAUGGCUCUUCGCUGGGAAAACGGAGAGUUUGCCAACAACAACUAAUUAAAAGCAGAAUACCUGACAGCCAGGACUGAUAUCGACUGACAACCAUGUACUCUGAGUUACGCAACCGACUUUUCUCUUUUUCUUUUUAUGCAGUGCUACAUGAGGAAAUGUAUCACAUUUGUUUUGUGUGUGACAUAACACUUGCCACUGUCAGCUGCUUGUUUGUUCUUUCCAUUCUCUGUUUGUGUGCGCAGCAGAGGUUAAGAGGGAAAUAUAAGCAAUGUGUAUGUAUGUAUGUACGCCAAGAUGCCUGAAUGUUUACUGAAUGUAAUGUUUUAGUCAACUGCUCAUACACUAUUUUCCAAGUUCAGAACAAAACAGAAUGCUUAUUUUUUAAUUUAUUGUCUUAGUAGAGAGAGCUAAGAGUUAUAUGUACUGUAUUUUCCUACUGUAUUUUCACGAGAGACAAAGUUUGUAAUUUUCCAGUCAGAAAGCUAUUGAUUCAGAUAAGCAUUAUAUUAUCAAUAUAAAUUUGGGAUCUCGUUAACAGAAUUUUACAUGGAUCUCCUAUUAAGACGUUCAUCUCACGUUUUUAAAAUGAAAUGGGCAUUGAAUUUAACCUUCAGGAUGUAGAUUUAAAGCACAAAACAAUGUACAUUGUACAUUGUAUGUAGUAUGACUCAAUUGUUGAUGCAGAUAAUGUGUAAAUCAAGUCUAAUUUUCAUUGCAGUCAAAGAAGUAAAUGAGAAGAAGUAAAUAAAACCGUAAAAUAGUGUUACACCAAAAAUGCUACAGAGCAGCUACUGGGAUAUGUAAUGGGAAGUUGACCAAUAUUGACCGUGACUUGAAAAUGUCUAAAUUAUAUACAUAUAUGUUUGUAUGCUUAUAUGUGAAGCCAUUAUGCUUAGAACAUUAUAUGUUCUGCUUGCUAAUCUUUGAAUUUGUGUGAGCCAACCACUUGUUGCAAAAAAGUUGAACUGCCUUUAAUAUGAAAAGAAAACUAUGUAUUUACAAAGCCAGUGUUUCAAAAACAGUAGUGCAACAAUAAAUGUAUAUGAACAACAUGCCUUCAAAGUAUUUCUUGUGUGGGACCAUAGUGCACAACUCCAAAUCAAAUAAUACCAUUUCAUUAAAAA